AUGAUACUCCAAGGGUAUCUGAAUUAUAGUGGGAAUGAAGCCACUGAGGAGGUGGUGACACCUUUCAGUGUUAUGAUGUACCCAGCUGGUCCUGGAUCUGGUGACUCCCCAGAGGGCUUCCCCGAGCAACCGAGGCUCCAGCCACAAAUCGGAAAUCACACAGCUCAGACACUAGAUGCUUUCUUCACAUGUCGAAAAAAUGCCCUCCUGGCGAAGAGCUCGUCCACCCAGGUAGAGGGCAACUUUGCCAUGGCCCCUCGGGGGCCCGACCAGGAGGAGUGUGAGGGCCUGCUACAGCAGUGGCGAGAAGAAGGGUCGAGCCAGGUGCUCUCAACUUCGAGUGAGGGUCCCCUUGUAGAUAAGGGACUAGCCCAGAGCAGCCUGGCGCUCCUGAUGGAUAAUCCCGGAGAACAGGAUGCUGCUUCAGAGGACAAGUGGUCCAGCAGGCAGCUGAGUGACCUGCGGGCAGCAGAGAACCUGGAGGAGCCUUUCCGCGAGGUGCUAGGAGAGGAGCCACUGCCAGAGGUCGAGGUCCCAAUGUGGGCAGCUGUCCCCAUGCAGACCGGCCCCCAGUAUGCAGACUGUGCUGUCCUCCCAAUGGGUGCCCUGGCUGCAGAGCAGUGGGAAGAGGACCCCGCAGUGGUGGCCUGGAGCAUAGCACCCGAGCCUAUGCCCCAGGAAGAGGCUCCCAUCUGGCCUUUUGAUGGCCUGGGGCAGUUGCAGCCUGCCCCAAUGGAAAUCCCAUAUCAUGAAAUCUUGUGGCGAGAAUGGGAGGAUUUCUCCGCUCAGCCAGAUGCUCAGGGCCUGGAGGCGGGGGAUGGCCCUCAGUUCCAGUUCACUCUGAUGUCCUAUAACAUCCUGGCCCAGGACCUGAUGCAGCAGAGCUCAGAGCUCUACCUGCAUUGCCAUCCGGAUAUCCUCAAUUGGAACUAUCGCUUUGCGAAUCUCCUGCAGGAAUUCCAGCACUGGGACCCCGAUAUCCUGUGUCUCCAGGAAGUCCAGGAAGAUCAUUACUGGGAGCAGCUGGAGCCUUCUCUGCGAAUGAUGGGUUUUACCUGUUUCUACAAGAGGAGGACCGGGUGUAAAACAGAUGGCUGUGCUGUCUGCUACAAGCCCACGAGAUUCCGUCUGCUCUGUGCCAGCCCUGUGGAGUACUUCCGGCCUGGCUUGGAGCUCCUCAAUCGGGACAACGUGGGCUUAGUGUUGCUGCUGCAGCCACUAGUCCCAGAAGGCCUGGGGCAAGUGUCGGUGGCCCCCCUCUGUGUGGCAAAUACUCAUGUCCUAUACAACCCACGCCGGGGUGAUGUCAAGCUGGCCCAGAUGGCCAUUCUCUUGGCCGAAGUGGACAAAGUAGCCAGGUUGUCUGAUGGCAGCCAUUGCCCCAUCAUCUUGUGUGGGGAUCUGAAUUCUGUUCCUGAUUCACCUCUCUACAACUUCAUCAGGGAUGGAGAGCUCCAGUACCAUGGGAUGCCAGCCUGGAAGGUGUCUGGACAGGAAGACUUCUCUCAUCAGCUUUACCAGAGGAAGCUGCAGGCGCCACUCUGGCCCAGCUCCCUGGGCAUCACUGACUGCUGUCAGUAUUUCACCUCCUGUCACCCCAAGAGAGCAGAGAGACUAAAGUAUAGCCGAGACUUCCUGCUGCGAUUCCGUUUCUGUGACAUCGCCUGUCAGCGACCAGUAGGACUGGUUCUUGUGGAAGGAGUGACAGAUACUAAGCCAGAGCGACCUGCUGGCUGGGCCCAGUCUGUCCUUGAGGAAGACACUUUGGAGCCUGAGCCUGUCUUCCCCAGGACUGUAGGCACCAUCCAGCACUGCCUUCACCUGACCUCAGUAUAUACUCACUUCCUGCCCCAGCAUGGCCGCCCAGAGGUCACCACAAUGCCCUUGGGUCUUGGAACGACAGUGGAUUACAUCUUCUUCUCAGCUGAGUCCUGGAAGAAUGGGAACAGAACUGAUCGCAGGCUGUAUCAAGAUGGGACUCUCAAGCUUCUGGGCCGUCUCUCCCUCCUCUCUGAAGAGAUUCUCUGGGCUGCCAACGGCUUACCCAACCCCUUCUGCUCUUCAGACCACCUCUGCCUGCUGGCCAGCUUUGGGAUGGAAGUCACCGCCCCAUGAUGGGGCUUCCAGGGGAAGAGAGCUUCUCUUCCAGAAGAGCUCACUGGAUCAGAGACUGUGGAAAUACCCCAUGCUUCUGGCAACUUAGAUCCAAGAAACUUACGUCCCCUCUCCUCCUCUCCCCUUCCCAUUUCCCUUUUCCCAUGGUUAGAUUUUCUCCAGGCCUGUCCACGUUCUCUGCCUGUGGUCCCUGCCCCGCCCCAACCUCUUCCUAAUCCUGUGCCACAUACUCAGUGGUCCUGGGAGAGGCCGAAGGGGGGUGGUUUCCCCUUUCCUUCCAUGUAUCCAGCGUUCCCCCUUAAUUUUUAAUUACCAGGGUUGUGGGAGCUAUUGAUCUCAUUGGUUAUUUGGUUUCAGGCCGUUUCUUGAUGGUAUCUUCUAACCCAAUCUUCUUUCUGCUUUCAUGACCUCUGGGCCCAGACGUCUUGCCAGGCACACACAUGUGAGGUGUGUAGCGUGCAUGUGUCCUCUCGGGGUGGGACUCCUCUGUACGGCUGUGCCUGCAUCUGACCAGCCCACUUUCCACACCGGGGCUGUCGCCCUUCUGACAGGUCGAGGGCAUGACCUGGUAGCUGUGUGCUGCCAUGCAGCAGCAGGGGCAUGGGCCCUUCUCCCCUUUUAUCCCCUGUGUUUCAUGAGGCGCUCAUCAUGCCAUCCAGGGUAUAUAAUCCUCAUCUGGCCGCUGGGAAUGAAUGGGCCUCAUAGCCUGGAACAGCAGAUUCAGGGCUGCACUGCCUGCCGCAGCAGCCUCUGAGCCUCGGACCCAGAGCUCCCGCAGCCCUGGCACGCUUUCUCUAGGGCUCGUCCCUUUCCCCAGGCCACUGUGAGAGAGGUGCCAGUGUGAGCCCGUGUGGGGUGAGUGGACUGGAAUAAGAGUUUGAGGUUUAAAGGACUAGAAAGAACCUUCAGGAAACUCUUGUCUUACUGGACUCUGUUCCCUGCAGAACUGGGGCAAGGGUGGGAGUCCUGGCAGCGGUGAGAGCAGGCAGGCUGUGUGGCCACUUCAGCUGGGACCCAAGACCUCAGGGACCUGUUCUCUUUCCUCUGCACACCUCCGAAGCCGUCUUCUGUUCCUUUCCUCCCACGACUUUAUACCUCGCUGCUUCCCCCAUUCCUGUCCAUUUUCUCCUAAAAAAACCUGAUACUUAGGUGGGGCCAAACCCUCUCUGCAGAAGGUGGCCUUGGGCAAGACCUGUCCAAGAACUCGAGGGGGCGGUGCUUUAGGAUUUGUUCUGGCCAGCAAGGCCUCAGCUGCUCAUUGCCAGGGCUUUUCUUCCUAGCACAGGGCCACCCUGGCCCGUUCGGGGGGCCCCUUGCCCACAUGUAUCACCUGCAUGCCUUAAUCUUUCAUAGCUGGGGUGCAGCCUGGGUGCUCCUGGGCCGGCAGCUCCUCACACCUCCCUCAACUCAGAACAGCUGCUGGUCUCUGCAGAUUAGCCUUGUUGCUGCCCCACUCGGCCUCCGGAAUGGGACUGAAGGGAAUGGCGGAGAGGCUAGAUUAGGGACAAUUAGCCAGAGGUUCUCUCCCCCUUGUUUUGAAAGCCAAAGACCCCGCCUGAAUUCUGCUGCUGUGUUCAUGGUUAUAAGCUUUCCAUGCCCAGGUACUGGGGAAUUUAUCUGUGCGUGUGUAUUUUUGAACAUUGUAUCCUGGGUCCUGGGCAUGUGCCUGUCUGAGCCCCAGGCCCACCUGUCCACACCCUACCCAUCGUUCAUUGUGUUUCUCUCUCCCCGGGCACCCCCUGAGAUGGUCUCAAGUCAGUGCCCUUUUGGUUUUCAGGACUAUGGCCCAUCACUGUUCUCUUCUGCCAGGAAAUGCAGUUUAAAAUGCCUCAAGAUGGCAGAGGGCGGGAGUUUUAUAGAUGAUCUUUUCCUUGUUUUCUUAUUUGUUUCUGUUUUGGAAAUGAAAUGGGGGUUUUAAGUGGUCAUUUAAGCUCUCUUUUCCAAAUAAAGGUUUACCAUUUCCCCCCUACUGCUGAUCAUUUUGUUAGGAUCCUGAAAGGCAGGGGGGAGAGAAGGCCUGGAGAGUGAGGUGGGCGAGAGGAAGAGACCGAUCCUGGGCUGGGUUCUCAGGUACUAAAGCUUGACCUGAGAAAGGUAUAAUGGCCCUGUGAUAAUUGGCACAUAUCCCUGCUGCUCUGAGGCCUGCGAGGAACAGGGCCUGAAGAAGCCUCCUCGCUUGCCUUUUGUUGGGGUCCAGCUCUCUUCUCCCUCCUCACCAAGCUAGAGGACAGCUCCUUCAGCUGCUUUCAUUCCCAUUCCGUCUGCUGCCACCAUAUCUUCCCCUGGUCCACAUGCAUUUCAGGAGAGUCUGAAUGGAACGUAGGGUGAGAAGCAUUUUCUUGGUCAAAGCCAUGGCAGCUGCGUGAGGCAUGAUGUGUGCAUGGCAGUUGCCUCUUGCUCAGUGCCUAUUUCUGAUAAUCUCUUUUGCAUGCUGGAGUCAGAGCUGGACUGUGGGCCAUCUGUUGCUGGGAAGGUUUCCCUUCUGGGCCUCAUUCUGCUGGUACUUUCGUCUUCCUCCAGUCUCCUUUUGCAGCAGGUCCAUGAAGCCCACAUGCCCCUGGGAAGCCCUGAAACUAGGUGUGGCUUCCUGCCUUGCCUGAGUAGAAUCUCAGACCCCAUACCUCUGAAUCAGCCUCUGAGAAUCUGAAUUAUUUAAAGUUACCUGGUGCUUCUGUUGAACCACCUGGGUUAGGACUCAGCCGAAAACAUAAGGAACACCAGUUGGUCAUAUUGGCCUGGUCAUUUGGUGACUGUGGGUAAGUUCAUUCCUUGUUGUGUUUUAUAUCUUGGUGAAAUAGGAAUUAAAGUAAUAAUCUUUUCCACUUGUGA